UAUUUUAUUAUUGUUGUUGAAGCAAAAACGAACUCCCAACAAAUCCAUUCUCAUCAUCCUAUUUUCUUAAUCUCCACUUCACCAACAACAUACCAAAUACAGAAAGCCCCAUUUCAACCACUCUCUCUCUCUCUCUCUCUCUAGAAUGGUUUAAGAGAGAGAAAGUGAAGUGACCAAAAAGAUCUAUUCAAAGUGAUCAUCAGAAUGAGGAGGCUUUUGCAUGGGACAAGAAACAACAGGAGUUCAGACAACAAUGGCGGCUUCUUCUUCUUCUGUUACAGAUACUUCAAAUGGAUUCUCUGGUUUUCCAUUUCAUUCUAUUUCUUCUCCUCCUUCCUCAACAACCCCACCUCCACCUCUAUAAUAUCAAGAACCACCGUCUACCGUACCAAAUUAGCAUCACGUGCUCUCAUUGAACAAUCAUUCGUCAACUCCUCCCAUGGAGUAUUAUUCAAGGGGAUGAAGGUUUAUGUUUACGACCUGCCGUCAAAAUACAACGCCGACUGGCUGUCGACGAACCAGCGGUGCGGCAGCCAUUUGUUUGCGUCGGAGGUUGCUAUUCACAGGGCUUUGUUGCGGAGCGAUGUAGUGAGGACUUUGGACCCUUGGUUGGCUGACUUCUUCUUUGUCCCUGUCUACGUGUCCUGCAAUUUCAGCGCCGUUAAUGGCUUUCCCGCCAUUGGCCACGCCCGCCCGUUAAUCGCCGCCGCCGUCGACCAUGUGUCUACACAGCUUCCGUUCUGGAACCGCAGCCGUGGCGCCGACCAUGUCUUCGUCGCCUCUCACGAUUUUGGUUCUUGCUUCCAUACUUUGGAAGAUGUGGCGAUUGCUGAUGGAGUGCCUGAAUUCUUACGAAAUUCGAUUGUUCUGCAAACUUUUGGUGUAACACACAAGCACCCAUGUCAGGAGGUGGAGAACGUGGUGAUUCCGCCGUACAUCCCGCCGGAAAGUGUUCGCGCCACCCUGGAGAAGUUCCCGAUGACCGGCCGCCGUGACAUUUUCUCUUUCUUCAGGGGUAAAAUGGAACUCCACCCCAAAAAUGUCAGCGGUCGUUUCUACAGCAAGCGGGUGAGAACGGAAUUAUGGCGGAAGUACGGCAACGACCGGAGAUUCUACCUGCGGAGGCAGAGAUUCGCCGGUUACCAGUCGGAGAUAGCCCGGUCAAAGUUUUGUCUCUGCCCAUUGGGGUGGGCCCCGUGGAGCCCCCGGCUGGUGGAAUCCGUGGCGUUGGGGUGCGUUCCGGUCAUCAUAGCGGACGGGAUCCGGCUGCCGUUCCCCUCCGCCGUGCCUUGGGCGGAGAUAUCACUGACCGUGGCGGAGAACGAUGUGGACAGCCUCGGUGAUAUUCUCGAACACGUGGCAGCCACCAACCUCACGUCCAUUCAGAGGAACUUGUGGGACCCGUCCGUUAGAAAGUCCUUACUAUUCGACGUCCCGAUUUUGGAGGGGGACGCCACGUGGCAGGUCCUGAAAGCCCUCGCCCAGAUGCUAGACCGGUCCCACAAAAAGCCGUCCGAUAAAAAUGUUUUUUCCACGUCGGAAAAUGAAAAGUGACGGCUUGCCAGCUAAGAUUGAUCGCUUAUCUACGUGGAUUUGGAUUAGUGGGAGACAGCUGGAAUAUAUAAUAUGUAUUAUUGGUUGCAUUCUGAUUGGUGGGCCACGUGGUUCUGGAUCUUUUGCUGAUUGGCCUGUGGUGAUUGGGUAUUCUUGGGUUUUGCUGGGGCCUAUCUGCUAUUUUUUGUAAAUAAUUGUGUCAUUUGUAGAUUCUGUAAAUGCAAAAGGAAUAAAUAUUUUUUUGAUGGAAAUUAUUGAGAAGUUGUGGACUUUUUUGGAUGUGUAAAUAAAAAUUAAAGAAUUAAAAUUUAGUAUGGA